UUAGUACUUGAACAAGAAGUAUGGCACAGAUGUCCCCCUAGUGUUGAUGAACUCUUUCAAUACAGAUGAAGACACACAUAAAGUACUGAGGAAAUAUAACCAAGUCAAAGUCAGCAUAUUCACUUUUAAUCAAAGCAGGUACCCACGCAUAAAUCGUGAGUCAUUGUUGCCAGUGGCCAAAACAGCUACAGGGGAACACGAAGCGUGGUACCCCCCAGGACAUGGUGAUGUAUAUGAAUCUUUCUACAACUCUGGCCUCCUGCAGAAGUUUUUAGACCAGGGAAAAGAAUAUAUGUUUGUCUCCAACAUUGAUAACAUGGGAGCCAAUGUGGACCUUAAUAUCUUGAACUUCUUGCUGAACCCACAGUCUAAAACUGCAGCCCCAGAGUUUGUAAUGGAGGUCACUGACAAGACACGAGCAGACGUUAAGGGUGGAACUUUGGUUGAAUAUCGAGGAAAACUUAGGCUGUUGGAAAUUGCACAAGUUCCCAAAGAUUUUGUUGAUGAAUUUAAAAGUGUCAACAAAUUCAGGAUUUUCAACACCAAUAAUUUGUGGAUCAAGCUUGAUGCUGUACGAAGAGUAAUAGAGGAUAAAACAAUUCACAUGGAAAUCAUUGUCAAUCCUAAGACCAUGGAUGAUGGCACCAAUAUAAUUCAGCUGGAGACUGCUGUGGGAGCAGCCAUCAAAAGCUUUGAGGGAGCCAUGUGUGUAAACGUUCCCAGGUCACGCUUCCUGCCAGUAAAGACAUCUUCAGACUUGCUCCUUGUGAUGAGCAACCUGUACAGCCUGAAGACGGGUCAGCUGACCAUGAGUCCCAAGAGGUCCUUCCCCUCUGUGCCUCUGGUUAAACUGGGGACUAGCUUUACAAAGGUGAAGGAAUUUUUGUGGCGUUUUGCCAGUAUUCCCAAUGUGUUGGAAUUGGACCAUCUGACGGUAUCAGGAGAUGUCACGUUUGGAAAGGGAGUGACACUGAAGGGCACGGUCAUUAUAAUAGCCAACCAUGGAGAAAGAAUAGACAUCCCUCCAGGAGCCAUUUUAGAAAAUAAAAUAGUCUCGGGCAACCUCAGAAUAUUGGACCAUUAAAAACUUGAGCAAUCUCACUAUAAAGGAAUGUCUCCAGAAUCUUGUAUAUAUAGGAUAUUCAAGUUCACAAUCUGGAUCCAAUUGCCUAUUGAAUGUGUUAUUCAUCCACUGACCGUAAGAAUAUUUGCUUAACUUUGCUGCCUGCUUUGAAUGGCAGGGUGUUUCAGAAAGGCUUCAGAAAGUACAUGAAGUGAAUGGCUGAUAUGAAGGAAAAGGGAAAUGAAGAGAAAAUGUGAGGGACGGUUGGUUGAAUUAUUGAAAGGCAUAAAGUACUGCAGUCUUCAGCUACAGCUGUUACCAGCUUUAAGCAUGCAGUCACCAAUAAAAUAAGGACCACAUGACUAGAUCAGCAGUGUCCUGUCAGGGGCACAGUCCAUAUAGAAUAUUUUUAUCUUUUAAGAUAAAAUUAAAAUAAAAGAUAAAAUUAAAAUGUUUGAUACUGAAUUUGAAGCCAUACAAGAACAUGAAGCUCGGACUGAAAUCAUUAAAUAAUUUAUAAUAAAAAUACAUUCAUGCUAUUUCUUAACUGAUGUUUUUCAGGGAAAAAAUGUAUUAUGUGCCAUGUAAUGGCUUAUGGUAAAAAAAUGGACAAGCCCAUUUUAAAGUGGUCUUAGAAACAUCUUUACAAUAGUCAGCAUCUCAUAACAGAGAGAUGGUUUAUGUCAGUUUGGGGCACUUGCUAUCAGAGCCAAUGUGUUUCAAAGAAGAAGUGGUAUGCCUUUUAGUUUAUUGCUACGAUAUAACCCACAUGCUGCCAUUAGCCUUCAGUAUGCUGUUUUAAAAAUUUGAAUAACAAGUAGGCAGCACAGUACUGAAUGGGUUGAAAAUAACCUUAAGUUGGUAGUCAGUAGUUAUCUUAUCUGUGGGGCUUAGGUAGUCUGGAUUAGGGGUCAACCACUAAAUUAGAACAAGGAAUUACAUCAGAUGUAAUUCCUUGAUUAGAAGUGCAUUUAUUAAAACGCGCUCUCAUUUAUUUUAUGUCACGUAAAUUAUUUACUAAUCAUGCUAAAAAUAGUAUUUAUACAUUUUGUUAUUUGCAAUGAAGGCAUUUUCUUUGUUUUUCUAACAUUAAAUACAACAAAUUGGUAAUUUUUAAUUUUUAAAGACCUGCCAAUUUUAACUGUGCCAUUUUUUUGUGUCAAAGACACAGUGCUGUAUGAGGUGUAGGGUUUUAACUUGAACUUGAGAUAUGACAUAGUUCCAUAGUUUAAGCUGGUUACAGUAUUCCCGUUUUGUCUCGGUGUGAUAAUGUAUUGUAUUUUAAUAGCAAGCUGUUGAGCACAUUGCUGAUAUUUCUUAGUGCUGUGACCUAUCUGUGCAUCAUGGUAGAUAUGCUCUAACUAAAGAUGGAAUCUUUAACCAUUUGAUUUUUUUGUGUGAUUUACCCACAAAUCUGUUAUAAUAAUAAUAACUGUCAACUAUUUAAUCCUGUUUUCACUAUAUACACGUUUUUGACAUGGUGUGUCAGUACAUGAAAUGGCUUAAAGAUGAUUGUACUGUAGCAAAAUAAAGUAAUAAUAAAUAUUUA